AUGGCAACCAAACGUAAAGGGAAAACUGUUCCUUGCGAAGGUUGCCGAGAACGCAAAAAGAAAUGUUCUGCAGGACAGCCUUGUGAAAGAUGUAAAAAACUCGGUAUUCAUUGCCAUUAUCUUCAGCCUGUUUCUCCUCCCAAGACUGAAUAUAUGGAACCCAUGAUCGACAGCCAUGAAAUUCAACUCGAUAUCGACUACUUGCAAUUCAUGAUGAAUACGAUGGAACGAGAAAUCGAAUCACUAAGAAACCAACCACGCUUCAUUCAAGACAAGACAGAUCAACAUUGGCAGCUUACUUUAAGAGAUGGAAAGCUAUCAAUUGAUACUCAUAUUACAUCGUUUACGACGCUUUUAGAACGUAUCAAAGUAUGUGCACCUCUCUUGAAACAACCUACAUUUCGUUUUGAAGGAGGUGUUUAUCUUAAACGUCAAUUUGCUCAUACUGUUUUACGCAAAGGAUUCUUUAAAGCAACACUCGAAUGUGUCAAGAGUGUAGAACAAAGACGCUUGAUUGGGUCCAUUGAAACUCCCGACAUUGUGUUGAACAAACCAGACCUGUUGCUCCAACUGAUUCAACUCUAUUUUUCUUGUCGAUUCUCGAGCCGUGUUUUAUUUCAUAAACAGACAUUUUACGACUUGUUUAUCAGUCCUUAUCCUGAUCCUGAAUCGUCGCCUGUGCUCUGUGCAUUAUCGGCUGCUGUAUUGGUAAGGCACUGUAAACACAUUAUGGCCAUUGUGCCUUUUGAUCAACAAUUGGGUCUUGCUGAAUACUAUUUCAACAAGGCCCGGCAGAUUGUGUCUUUACGAUUUGAUGAGCCCUGUUUAGAGACCAUGGCUGUUUAUCUUCAUAUGGCUUAUUAUAUGGCUCAUUUACUUCGACCUCAAGAAGCGAGUAAAUAUCUUGAUAUGGCUGCUCGUAUACGACACAUCCUAGCCGAAACACUGUACGUGCAUCCUUCUACACCGUAUGCAGGUGAAUACGAGACAUUCAAACGACUUCAUGCUGGACUCAUGGAUAUUGUGUCAUUUAUUCAGUACAUUCGAAAUCAACGCGGUGUUCCCUUAAACAAAGCUUCCAUACGUGACUAUCGAACCAAGAAGACAAAACCAUUUCAUAUGGUGUCUAAGCAGCGAUAUGAAACUACUCCCAUGCCUGAUGAACCUAUGCCUAUUGUCCGUGCUAUCAUGAAAGACCACUAUAUUGAAUGUAUGACAAAAGUGCUGUGUCCUUAUUUCAUUCGUGUGAGGUGGACAGAAGAUGAUAUGAUACCCAUCUCUUUAUUGAUCAAGACAGAAACAGAACUCAAGUAUGCCUAUUAUCAUCAUAUACCAUCCUCAUAUCAAUUAUCACCGACUAUUUUUGAAGAAGGACUAAGUGAUGCAGAUUUCAAGCGACGCCUUUCACAAGAUGAGCGUUGUGACCUUGUGUCCGUCACACUCGCUGCUCGGUUUUAUCAGUCUUUGAUUGCACUGCAUGAACCUUUUCUGCCUGUGAUAAAAAGACCAUCUACAGGGAUGGAUCUUUCUUUACUUCAAGAAGAACAAGAAGAAACCAAUGAAAAGAAACGAAAAAGAACACCGACUGAACUACCUACUGUAUCUGAGCACGCCUUGAGGGCGCAACACACGACGUAUCAAAGUGCUAUCAUUGUUGUGCGUUUACUAGAAUAUCAAUGUACAGUAUUAAAUUCAUGUACUAUACCUACUGCUUCUUUAUUAUGUGCAUGGGAUAUUUUGAUGCGCAAUUCAUACUUGGGUAUAUCGGACAUCCGAGAUACAGAGUACCUUUCAAAAAAGACAUUCAAUUAG